AUGCACCUUGGAGAGCAGUGUCCAGUUGAACUCAAGGACAAGGAUUCAUUGCUGCUUACAUUUGAAGAGGAGACAACUCCUGAACCGCUGGAGCUAGCAGUUAGAAGAGUCAUAAGCGUUGUAAAGUCAGUCCAAGAAAAGGUGAUUUCUUGUGAUGUAGUGGGAGAUUCUAUUCAAUUUUUUGUCAGCGUGUCUCAGAGUUCACACGCUACCACAGAAUGUCAGUUGUACAGUGUGAAACUGUCUCCACUUCAUUUGCAGCUGGAACUCUGCAUGAAAGAGAAAGGGGAAGACAUUGAAGUUGUGUGGUCCUUCAUUAAUGCCCCAGAAACGAAUAUUGAAAUCCACCCAAAAGCAGUGCAGGAGGGUCAGAUGCCUGGGACAUGUGCAAUAUCUGUUCUCAGAGAUAUUUUGGAGAAUCUAUUUAUUUCAGUUUCUCCAUCAGUAGUUUUGAGUACAAAGCCUACAGACAUAAAGGAGGUACAGAAUGUACAGAACGUAGGAACUCUCCCUCAGGGCACCAGUCCUCCUAAACCUCCAAGGGCUCAUGAACUGAAACUGCUAGUAAAGGAUAUCAUGGCUACCCUGAUGGAUCCCAGUGCUGCAGGCAGCCUGAACCUCAUAUGUGUAAGUCAGUUGAAUGAUCCUCCACAGAAAUUCUCCAGUUCUGUAACCAAAAAUGCCACAAACCUGUCUUGGAAGGAGGAGUUCAUCUUUGAAUUAAAUGCCAGAUCAAAAGAGUUACAAUUACAGAUCUUAGAAGAUGGAAAGUUGGACAGUACCUUUUCAGCAUGGGCAGCAGUACCUUUAGACUUGUUCAAGAAGCAGCCUUCCGGACAGCAGAGCUUUACACUGAACAGCAGACCCAGCUGUGGUAGCCCUGUGUUAGGAUCUGUCACGGCAGAGUUCUCCUAUAUUGAACCCAGUGAGUUAAGGUCCUGGCAAGUUCCUGUUCAGCUCCCCGCUACUAAGGUAGAGAAGGAUCGAACUGUGAUGCCCUGUGGCACUGUAGUCACUACUGUCACUGCUGUAAAAACCAAACCUCGUCUAGAAGGAAGAUCUUCUCCUCUGAGCUCAGAGUCUCCUGUGAAAACUCCUGUGAAGGUGAAGGUGAUUGAGAAGGAUUUUUCUGUUCAAGCAAUUAGCUGUCAUGGUGCUCCAGUCAGCAAAACUUUAUCAUCUUCAGAUACAGAGCUGCUGGUGUUGAAUGGCAGUGAUCCAGUUGCUGAAGCAGCCAUUCGACAGUUAAGUGAGUCUGCAAAGCAGAAACUGAAAUCUCCUAGAAAGAAAAGCACCAUUAUUAUAUCAGGAGUGUCCAAGACCUCCUUAUCUCAGGACAGCGAAGCUGCGCUGAUGAUGGACUAUGCAGCAGCCAUGGAUGGCUCGUGUAAAGAAGACCCUUUCACUGUGGAGGACUGUACCACAGAAGUCCCCUCAGAUGAAAAGCUGUCGCUGACUGCUUCACAAAUACUACCUGACACUGACCCACAGGAAAGUAACCAUAGCACCUGGGGCUUGGAUGAUGGCAGCCAGCUAUGGAACAGUGACGCACUGUUAGACCAGAACUGUGAAGAGACGUCUGGGAGUUCAUUAAGCGUCUCCGAAUCGGGGAGUGUGAAAAAACCUAAAGGUGGAAUUCUGAAAAAAAGUGCAAAACUCUUUUUCCGCCGCCGACACCAUCAGAAGGAUCCAGGAAUGAGCCAAUCGCACAAUGAUCUUGUUUACUUGCAGCAGCCAGUGUCUGAUGAAACACGAAAGAAGGGAGCAACGCUAACACGCAUCUUUAACAAGAAAAUUCUUUCUAAGAACAAAAGCAAGAGCAAACUGAAUGGCACCCAAGUGGAACCAUGUGUAUAAAACUUUAUGCUGUCUUAUGAUACUUGCACAUCAAAUGAUCAGUUGUUUACAAAACAGUGCUAGAAGAUGUAAACACAGGUAAUGACAUGCAUAAAAUGAUAUUUGCUAAGACAGUGGUCCAGGAAUAAAAAUGGCAAAGCUUGGCUUCUUGUUUCCCAAGACACCUCUAAUUUUUAAAGCCUUGUAGCAAAAUGUUUUCCCAGAUAGAAGCAGUACAGAUAACUUGUUGUUCACUUUCUGUUCCUGUUUGCUAAUAUCCAUAGAGUUUUGACUUGUGUGGAUGGGACAGGAAAGUGGUACAACUGGGAAGCUUUUAUUUUUAGGCUAAACAUCUAAUUUACAUUUUACUUCUAGCUAGAUACCAAGAAGUUAUAUUGAUUAGAUGACUGGAUCACUGUAAAAAUGUGACAUACCACUGUGGUUAAUGCUUCUUUAGUAAACACUGAAUAAUGGCAGCAUAGGUCUCAACUUGAGUGCCUGCUUAGGCUGAAAGUGGAAGGAGAGAAACCCUGAUCCAAUUUGUAUUAAUUGGAAACAGGUAUGUUUCUGGAAGCGGAAAUAAAAUGCUGGUUAAGACCACCUUCCAUAAGCACUGCUAACUCAGUGUAGGUAGAGAGGCCUUUGAUAUUAGCCAUAAGUAAUUAAAUUAUGCAAAUACUUAUUCUGUGCAUAUAUUAUGCUAAAAAACUUUUUCUAAGUUUACUUUAAGCCUACUUGUAAACAGAAUAUUUAAAAACUUGUACCGUUCCUAUGUAUGUAUUUCUCCCGUUAUGCGAGAAGCUAUAUUGCCAAUGCAAAAACUUUCUUUGGGGACUCUACUCCCUUAUGUAAAGUACUUGUUAGACAAGUAUACUAGCAAUCAUAUCAAGAACAGCGCUAGGAGCAAUAAAUGCUGAAUAGAACGUGUUUAACCCAUGUAUAUUUUUAAUAGCCCGUUUUCUUCACUUGUCAAAUACUAAAGCAUAAUCUAGGAAACACAUUUGAGGAGGUAUUUUGCUGCCCUUAGUUCUGUGGUAUAAUUAUAGAUUUUUGUCUUAGUGCAAGGUUUUUUUUUAAUGAUAUUGUUUCUCUAAAAAAGGCAAAAGGGAAGUUUUAGCAUUCACUUAAAUUCGUUGAGGGGCACACCUUUUCUCAUGUAUGCCUGCACACAUUUCUAAUGUGAUAUACAUUCCUUAUUAAGAGCAUAAGACUACAGGCAUAGCUGGCCAGUUCUGUACCCUGGGCAGCCAUGUGAUACCCAGAACAGUACUCUGGUCACAGCUUUUUUGUGUUCCCAUUCCCCAAACACACAGAGGCAACACCAAGGCUGCUUCCCCAGUUGCUUCUUCCCCCCCCCCCAUCCCCCGCCUUAUUUAUGCUACUAUAUAAGUCCAAAUCCCACUGUCUUUCUCAGGCAGAACUCUGACUUUAUCAAAAUUACUACUGGCUGAACUACUGCAAGUCCAUUUGGAAAAUUUGGCUAUUAAACAUAUGUGGGUGUGGGUAUGUGGGUGUAUGUGUGUGUCUGCACAUGCUCUGAGUGGAGGUGGAGCAGUAUUUUGGCGGAUGCUUUUAUGGGUAAGGACCAAAAUGAAAAUUAUUGAAAAAUUGAAUGAUCAGAUUUUAGCAUUUUUGUCCUAGGCUCUGAAUUGCUUAGAAAAUAUGUUUUUGAAGGGUAUAAAAUAAGGAGAAUCUUCAGCAAAAGCAUAAACUUUUCAAAACAUGAACUGGGAUGGCUGAGAUGAUCUAGUUGGGGGAUGAUUGUGGUUUGAGCAUGGGGUUGAACUAGAUGACCUCCUGAGGUCCCUUCCAACCCUAAUUUUCUAUUAUUCUAACUGCCAAAAACUUUAAGCUGAACUUAUAUAGUUCCUAAAUGUUUUGUAUGCCCAAGUGCUCCCAUAGUGCUAAGGAGGUAGACUACCUAAUGUGUACUUGUUUCAAAUACUUGAAGGCAUUUUGUAUGUCUUAUUUUUGAAGGUAACACUCUAGUGUUAGCUGCCUUUAAAGAAUUUUUUUACCUGAUGAAACAUUUUGAUCUGGUUUUACAUAUGUUUACAUAUGUUUGGGUUGGGGUUAUUUGCUUAGUUUGGUUUUUCUUUUUUUUUUAAUUUCCCAUUUACAUUUAUGGGGCCAAUCUUCAGUCAUCAUUCAGGCAAGGCUUCUGUAAGCUUUAAUUGGAUUUCUGCCCAAUGAGAUCUGCCAGCACUGACUUUUUUUAACUACAGAAUUUACGUUCAACAUCACUCCAACCAACUCUUGUUAGCCUACCAAUUCAAAGACAAGAGUGGCUGAAGUGAUUGGGAAAUGGGGUGACUUCUGUUUGGGUCACUAGGAUUUCGUAUCCAGUCCACAUGAAUGAGUGAAAGAUGCCACCACCCAAAUUUUUUUUUAAAUUGGGGGUGGUUGUUGUCUUAACGAGCAGGGGUCUGCAUCAGAGAAGCUACCACUACCAAACUUGUUUGACUUGGUAAAGAAGCCAAAGAUUGUGGGAGCAGGGAUACCAAGAUGUUUUCUUACAUUUCUACGCAAUUCCUCCCAAACCCUUCUCCCUGCCCGCCAUCGCUUUAUCCCUGCUAGGUUAUGAUACAAUCUGUAGUAACUAUCUAAUGGAAGAGAAGACUUCUGCCUCUGAUGCUGCAAGUUCAUUAGCCCUACACUGUCUAUCCGAAGUUAUUUGGCUUUUUAAAAUAAAAAUAGCAUCUGGUACAGCAUCUUGCUGGCGAUCUUGUGGCUUUCACACUCAUGCUUUCCUGUGCGGUUUUUAAACAAUAUUUUUCUCUUUAUGUAUAUGUGAAAAUUCACAAGGGAAACAGUACAACUGGCUACAUAAAGUGCUAUCAAAUGUGUGCAAAGUCAAUAAAACUAGACUCUCCCAUAUGUAAUUUAAGGUGUCACUUGGAACGAUGUGACUGAGGGGUAGGGAUCACAUAAACAUGACCUUUUUGAGGUUAACUGUGUUUCUCUGUAAAGCUGAACUUUAGGAUAAGUGCUUAUGUAAACCGCUAUAUGCACCAUAGUGCUAGGAGAAAAUGAUUACAGGACGUGCCUGGAUCCUGAUAAUACAGUACAAUUUACAGCUGAUUGCCCAACACUAAAUUAUCAUCUAAAUAUCAGGGUUGUAAAUGAAACUGUGAAUGGUAAUAGAAACCUCGUGUUUACUUUUUGAUAUUCACACAGACUUCAGUUGAACUAUUCAUGUGUUUAAGCACCUUGCUGAAUCAGCGCCUUAAUCAGUAAUUAACCCAGAUUAAGGUAAAGUAAUCUUGUUAUUCAAUUAAGGGUGAACAAUGUUGUUGUUUCCCUUAGGGUGAGCAGGCUGCUGAGCAUAAUGCAAAAAAUCAUCAGGAAUAUGUGAAACAGGUUAUUUUGCCAAUCUUGAAACUUAAAUAAACCUGUAGAAGAAGCAUAACCAUUUCUUGACUGUAGAAUAUGCUCUCAUACUCCAGAUGAGGAGGUGGGGAGAAAAGCAUUUAUUCUUAGCACUCAGCUGUGGUAGCUUUUUUUUUAUUUGUACACUGAAGGAACUUGGUGCAGUGAAGACAUCUGUACCACACCGAUUUAUUGGAAUAUCAAGACAAAGCAUGAAAAGAGGAAUUUUUAAAUAAAUAACUACUACUGUACAUUAAA